AUGCCUGUCACUGUCCCAUUCAAUUCCAUUGGAGGUAGAAUCGAAGUUGGUGGUCCUGCUCCUCCCCGCAUCAACGCUAAAAGAGUUGGAAGAGGAACCGACAUAUCGUGGAGAAUGACUGGGCGGAAGUACAUGAGGUCUAUUGGGAGCCGUGUUACGAUCUUUGAACCGGGGACGCUGGGUCAGUGCAUGCGCACGCUGGAUGAAUGGAAGGCCGAGCUAUUGGUUCAACUUGAGAACAUCCUACGUGCUCUGGCAGCCCGGUUGAUGCAUAAGCGCCAAUGCCUCGUGGAUGGGUCACGGUUCUGGUUGGAAACAACGAUGUCUUCUUUGCCUAGUCAUGAUCAUACGUCUAGUUCCACUCCCUCUUUAGACGGCAAAGGGGGUACAGAUUCAGCUGCUAAAGCAGGAAAGACUGGAAAGUCAACAAAAAGGACGGGUUCUAGCUAUGGUGCAUUUGAAGCAAAACACGCCCUCUACAGCAACGACCGUUUCAUCGGCCGCAUUCCGUCGAAAUUGUUUGCCCCUCCUCAUACGGUGGCGUCUAUCAAGCUGUCCUUGUGCAAGCUUGAGGACCUUUUGGAGCCCAACAAGGCCCUUGUCUUCACACCGCUCUCAAGCCCAGCACCCAAAGAAGACUCUGCCCGCCUCUCCUUGUACGCUCCUUCUGGGCCAGGCCUAUCCGAACAAGAUCCGAUCGCGUUGGUUGUCGAGUCGGAGAAGAGGACCGAGGAGGUCUCACAGUCGGAGAAGCUGCCGGAACGCUCUGAUGAUAUCGAUAUCAAAUACGGCAGUGCACUCAUCACCUUUGCAGUAUACUAUCGCGUUUACUCAAUAGAGGGAAAAGGAGAGGAAAAGGCAAAGACGACCUUUGACGAAAGUGAUAUUUCGUUAGGACGCAUCAACACCCUCUCCAUCGCGCCCCCUCACACCACUGGGUCUUUGAAAGCAUGCAUUGCAAAAGUUGAAGGCCUCGUCAUGCCGGGUCAUGCACUUUACAAGGACAUGGAACUCUUCGAGGACAUGAAUAGCGACGCUGCCAUGAGCGACACCAAUGUCAUAUCCUUCCAAGGUGACACUUAUCCGGGUAGCGAUGAAGGCGAUCCAGUUGCCUUUGUCAAUGCAACAGCCAAUACAGCACUGGAACAAAAGGCUAAAUCUACACCAGGUAAAGUUUUCAGUCAAUGUCCACUAGGCACUGUAGCAACAAACCGUGCUCUUUCAGAUGAACCAGAUUCAAAAUUCACAAACCGCGCUCGAUUAAACAAGACUGAAAAUUGCAGUAAAGACAAUCCCAACUGGCUAUCAAUAAACAAAGAUGAGAUUGUUUACACUGAUGGGGUCAUCCUCAACAUGAAGGUAAAAAAGGCUUUGUGGAUCGGAGAGAGGGUGUAUGCUUUCGAAAUGGGAUAUGACAGGACUUAG